AUGGGCGACGAGAGCAACGCGAUUGGGCAGGAGGCCCUGUUGUACGACAAGAUGUUCCGCGUCAUGCGGACGGUUGGGGAGAUGAUGCGCGACCGGAAGUACCAGGUGGCCGACAGGAUCAUCCCGAGCUCCGUGGAGGAGUUCAAGGACUGGUACACGGACCCGCGAGAGGGGGUCAUUUACCGCGACCGCAUGACGGUUCCCUGCGAGCGCAUCGGGGUCUCGCAGCGCAGCCGCGCCAUGGUGUUCUUUUCGGAUGGGCUCUCCAUGGAAACGAUGAAGCGGUAUCACACGCAGGCGGCGGAAACCAACUGCGACCGGGUUAUUCUUGUGACGCAUGGAAAGGUAAACGCCACCGUUAAGCGGCACGUCGAGGACCUCAAUCGAAGCAGUCUGGGCUUGAAGAUCCAGCUCUUCGACGAGGAUGACCUCGUGGUGAACGUCACACACCAUGAGCUGGUCCCAAAACACACGCAGCUUGAGGAUGAGGAGGUAAAGGAGAUGCUACAGGCCCAUGCACUGGAGCUGAGUAUGCUCCCGCGAAUUCUCUCUACCGAUCCCGUUGCUGCCUACUUGGGGCUGGAACGCGGGCGCGUUGUGCGGAUCGAGCGCAGGAGCAUGUCGGCGGGCUUUUACGUGACCUACAGACAAGUGGUGUAG